ACAAAAAACGUUAUAAGUGCAAUAUUUGAUACUUAAAAAAAUAUUCAGCUUAAAAUUUUGAACAUUUGAUCUUAGAUCUGACUUUUCUAGAAGUCGAACCUAGGACAUGAAAUGGCCUAGGCACCUGCACUCUCUAACCCAUAAAAAUUGAAAUCAUUAUAAAACGGACAAGAAAGAGUAAAAUGGGUUAGCCGGUUUUCUCAAAACUACAAUUUUGCAGAUUCAUGGCUUUAGCUUUGUGCCCACGGAUUUAUGAAACAACCCGUAAAAUUGUUUUUUUAAACUGGCUGGAUUUACGGUCUUAAAAAAUUCAUGGAUUUUUCUCCCUGAAAUUUAUGUAUGAAACACAAAUAUUUGAAUUUAAUAACAAAACAUUUUGUAGUUUCUAAAUAAACUAGCUUCGACAUAAUAACUAUCAUCCAACAACUCAUAAUGUCUACAUAAAGUGAAUCAUACUGUUUUAUUUUUAAACUCUUUCUCACAUGUUUCUGCUUCAAGGUAGUUAGUUAAGUUGAAAAAAAAAGUACCAAAGCAAAUAUUUAAUCAAUACACACAAAACACUACAAGACCGCUAAUUAAAAGUAUCGCUACUUUACCGAAAUGCUAUAUGCCCCCUUGUAUUUCUAAUUCAAAUAUAAACACUUGACUUUUGGUGUUAAUUUUCUAUAUUCUUAAUAGAUAAUCUACCUUACGAUACUUUUUUUUUUAUAAAUAUUGAAAAAAAAAAAAUCCCUUAAAUAAGUUCAAUUUGCGGAAAUAUAAUCGUAAAUUCUCAUCUUUCUUGCAAACUGGCAGUUAUUAGAUAAUAAUUCAAAAAGUUCUUCAACCGGACGCUUUGAAUGGUUGAAUGUUGAACAAAAUAAACGAAUAGGAAUUGAUUUGCCGCUAUUGACGUGGAGGCGGACGAAAAGAAGAUCGAAGACUCUGAUUCAGAAGAAGCAACAAUGUCAUCUGUACAAUCUGAUCAACCGAUUCUGUUACCAAUGGAAGUUUGCACAGAAAAAGAUCAGUACAUAAUAUUUGAAUUAAAAAGUGAUACUGAUAGCACACCAACAUACUCUUACGUUAUUACUAAUUCAAAAGAAGAACCACCUCCUGAUUGCCCAAUAACAGCAGCAGAAAAUGAAGAUACAAUUUCUGAUCAAAUUGUAUCAAAUAGUGUUACCGAAGUUAUAGCAAAUCCAGGGCCAUACAUAAUUAGUGUAGAAAUACCAGUUGAAGAAUCACUCGAAACAGAAAAUACCGAUAUUUGUAAAGAGAAUUCGCCAAAAACAAAACGUGCUUUAGCCCGUAAAAGACUAGCUGAAGCUGUUGAUGCUGUAGUGAAUAAUGAUAUGACCAUUGGCAAAGCUGCCAAAGCUUUUGAAGUGACCAAAAGUACCCUUUGGAAAGAGGUCAAUAAACACACUAACCAUCGAAAAAAGAAAGUUGAUAAAGAUCUCAACAAAAAGAUCAUUAAUCGUAUUUGUGCUGGUGAAUCUCUCUCAGAGAUUUCUAGAUCCUUAAAUGUUGCCAAGUCUACAAUACACCUGCAUAAAGUUCGUCUAUCACAAAGUGGUCAACUCCCACCAAGUGUAACUUUCAAGCCACCAACAGAUAAAAUGGAACAACUUGCUAUCAAAGAUCGUAUCAUUCAGGCUUUUCGAGGCAUUCGAGUUAACGGUAUGUCAAUGUGUUUUGCAUCGAAAUUUUUCUCAGUACCACGUUCAACACUUUGGAAACAUAUACGACGUUUUGAAGCUUCACAAAAGAAAUUAGCACAAAAUGUUCAAAACACCUGCCAAGAUACUGAUAUUAGCUCAGAAGAAACGAGUCAAGAUGGAAGUAGUCAACAAGAUGUAGAUGAUCCUCCAGAAAAUGAAGAUUCUGCAGAAGAAAGUGAAAAUAUAUACGAAGAGCAACAAUCUACAAGAAGUGAAGGUGUCAAUCAAGAUGAUUUUGAUUUACUCGAUGCUUAUUGUGAGCAACAAGCAAAUAGUGAUGAAGGAGAUUUUUUUAUAAGUUUCGAUUUUGAGACAUUUGAGGAGUAUGUUAAGAGAGAGUUGGAAUAAUUGUACUGAUAUUGAAAUAAUUUGUAUAGACUUUGUGUAUCUCUUUUUUGUAUGCGCUUAUUUAUUAUAUAUUUUGAUGUUUAAAUUAUAAGGAUCAUUAUGUUACGUUGAAUUGAAAAUAUAUUGAAAUUAUGUUUGUCCCACUGAUAAAACGAUAUUGUAUUUUCAUAAAGUGCUAAGACUGAAACUGCCUGGAAGAAAUAACGUUUUACUUAUUUACUGAUGUUUUGAAAGUUGAAAGUCUCGGUCAAUCUAAAAUAAAUGCUCUCAACAAAAAAUUUUCACCGUCACUUUGACUAGAGAAAAAAAUUUAGAUGAAUACUAAAAAAAAAAUAGCUUAUUUUUAUUAGGUAAACUUAAAAAAAUUAAAAUUAAAUUUAGAACACCUCAAACUCUCUAUGCUGUUAUU